AGGUCAAAAAGGUUAAACAAAUUGACGUAAAAACAGUAAUAUCAAGAUCAAAUAAUAAUUGCCUAAUAGUUUCAAUAAAGAUAACAGAUAACACAUAUAUGUGAUCAUUUAGUCUUUGUAGCAUAAGUUGAAUUAAUUAAUUCACUCCCAUUUUUUCAUUUUGAAUUAUGUCGAGGUUCAGCAGUGUACAACUAGCUCAACCCAUUGAGGUUUUUGAACUUAUCCGAGCCUUUAACGAAGAUACAUACUCUAACAAGGUCAAUUUAGGGGUCGGAGCCUAUCGUACAGAGAACUGUGAACCUUGGGUUUUGCCUGUUGUCAGAAUAGCCGAAAAAGCCUUGGCUAACGAUGACAGUUUGAAUAAGGAGUAUUUACCUAUAUUAGGCCUUGAAUCAUUCUCCAAAGCUGCAACUCUUAUGCUAUUAGGAGAAGAAAGUAAAGCUUUAAGAGAGAACAGGGCCUUUGGAGUACAAUGCCUGUCAGGCACAGGUUGUUUGAGAGUUGGUGCUGAGUUUCUACAUUCCCAGUUAGGUUGCACCGUUUUUUAUUACUCUAAACCUACAUGGGGUAAUCACAAGUUGAUUUUCAAGAACUCUGGCUUCACUGAAGCUCGAGAAUAUAGGUACUGGUCUGAAUCCAGUAGAGGACUGGAUAUUGAGGGAAUGCUGGAAGAUUUAGACAAAGCACCUGAAAAUUCUGUCAUAAUUCUUCAUGCUGUUGCCCAUAAUCCUACAGGAUGUGAUCCAACCCAAGAACAAUGGGCCCGUAUUGCUGAUGUGAUGGAAGCAAGAAAGUUAUUUUGUUUCUUUGAUUGUGCUUAUCAAGGUUUUGCAAGUGGAGACUUAGAUAAAGAUGCUUGGGCUGUGAGGUACUUCAUUUCUCGGGGAAUUGAAAUGUUGGUGGCACAAUCUUUUGCUAAGAAUUUUGGUUUAUACAAUGAGAGGAUUGGUAAUCUGACUGUUGUUGUUAAGGAUAACAGUUUGAUACCGAAUCUUAAGUCACAAUUUACUGUUCUCAUAAGAGGAAUGUACUCAAAUCCACCAAGUCAUGGAGCCAGAAUAAUUGCUUAUAUUUUGAAUAAUCCAGAUCUUUAUGAACAAUGGAAGCAGUCGGUAAAAACUAUGGCUGAUCGUAUUAUACAAAUGAGGAAAGAACUCAGGGGUGCCAUUGAACGAAUGAAUGCACCUGGAAAGUGGGACCAUAUAACUUCUCAAAUAGGCAUGUUUUCCUACACUGGCUUGAAUGAGGCCCAAUCGGAAUACAUGGUCAAGAAACACCAUGUUUAUAUGUUGAAAUCUGGUAGAAUAAGCAUGGCUGGACUAACUACAAGAAAUGUAGAAUAUGUUGCUCAGUCUAUUGUUGAUUCUUUGGCACAUGCUAACUAACUCAAUGUGAUGAAUUGAAGAAGGAAAGAAUUAUAUUUUUGCAAUAUAUUUGGAUUGUUUUUGAGAUUCAGAGAUUAUCUAUGUAUUUGAUGAAUUUGUUUAUUAUAUAUUCUAUUUUUAUUC